AUGGGCAAAUCCCGGCGGCGAAAAGACAAGAAGAACGGCGUGGACACGACCAUGGCCGUGGCCGCGCCCGCGGGCGACGCCGGGUGGGUCGUCGGCGACGGCGUGACCGCGAUGCUCGAGGGCGAGGACGGCGCCGCCGCCGUGGCGCCGACGACGCCGACGGUCAACGCGAACGGAGGGAAGAUGACCGCGGGGAUCAGGGUCGGGAAGAAGACGCCGACGGUGCUCCGCGGGAUCACGAAGAGGAAGAAGAAGAUGGUCGCCAAGGGGAUCGCGCACGCGGAGCGCAAGGAGGGGACCCUCAAGAAGAAGACGUUCAAGCGCGGAUUGCGACAAGAGGCGAAAGGCUACUGGGGAGGCGCGAACCAGUGA